CGGGAUCAGGGGGAUGGAACAACUCCGGGAGGACGUCACCUGCUCCAUCUGCUUGGACGUCUUGAAAGACCCCCUCUCCAUCGAGUGCGGCCACAACUUCUGCCGGGGCUGCCUCUCGACUCACUGGAGCCAGAUCUCAGCCCAGGGGCACCGCUGCCCGGAGUGCCGGGCUCCCUGCUCCGGGGAUAGGAUGAUCCCAGACACACACGUCAAAAACCUAGCGGAGAAAAUCGCGAAGCCUCAGCAGGAAGAGACUGAAACUGCACACUCUGCUCCAGAUGGGGGCUCACCACAGGGGCCGGGGGCUCAGCGGGAGCCGGGGCGCCCAGUGCAGCUGGUGCAUCUGGACGAGGAAGAGAACCUGAUCCUGGAUGAGGAGGCCCUGAGCCGCUGCCUGGAGCAGGGUGGGGUGGGGGAUGCCCCCGUCUGCCUGGUGUCCAUCAUCGGGGAGCAGCGCCGGGGCAAAUCCUUCCUGCUGAACUACCUGCUGCGCUGCCUCCGGAGCCCGGACGCAAGGGACGGGUCAUGGAUGGGCCGGGAGGAUGAGCCCCUGGAGGGGUUCGAGUGGCGUGCGGACGAGGAGCGAGUCACCAAUGGGGUGUGGGCAUGGAGUCAGCCCUUCUGGGUCCCGGCCAAGUCGGGGAAAGUGGCCGUGCUGCUGGUCGACACCGAGGGCUCCAUGGACAUUGAGAGCAACAAGGAGACCAGCAUCAAACUCUCCGCCUUUUCCAUGCUGCUCAGCUCCUACCAGAUACUGAACACUGGCUGUCGGGUGAAGGACCCGGAUCUCGAAUACCUGGAGAUGUUUGUGCAGGUGGCCGAAGUGGUGGGAGAGGCCUAUGGACUGGAGCCCAUUCAGCACCUGGACCUACUGGUGCGGGAUUGGAGCAGCUCCCGGGUCCUUGGAGCCCAGGGUGGGGAGCAGCAUCUGAGACAAGUCAGACAGAAGCUGGAGGCGAGGUCCCCUUGCAAACACCCCAAGGCCCUGGAAGCACUGAAGAGAAGCAGCAGCUGCUGUUAUCUGAUGCCCUUUCCUGGCGAGCGGAUCACGAUGGGGAGCGAGGGAACUCUCAGAGACAUGGGUGAGAAUUUCCGGGAGAGCCUGAGGGACUACGUCACCACCCUGGUGAGCUCGGCCAGUCAACAUGUCCAGACAGACCGGCAUCGGGAGAUGCUCACCGGGACACAGCUCGCUGCCAAGAUAAAGAAUUUAUCUGAUGUGAUGAAGAAACAUCGCUUCGGCUUCUCCUCUCCCUGUCAGAUGGCCAUCACCUUCCACAACCAGAGAGUCGUGGACAGCGCCCGCACAGACCACGCUGUGUUUCUGAGGGAGAACGAUGGCCUGUCCCAGCGCAUGGUCGACUGUCUGACAGUGGAUCCGAGCGCAAUGGCAGAGCAGUUCGAGGAGCAGCGCAGGUGGCUGCUGGGGCGGUGCCGGGAGGAGAUGAGGGAGCCAGAGAAGGAGACCCUGCUGAUGGCCCUAGAGGCGGAGAUGAAUCAGGAGGCCGAGACUUUCCUGGAGACCUACCGAAGGCGCUAUCAGCAUCACACCACCAACCAGAGAGCCAUGGACAGAGCCCGCAGAGACCACGCUGACUUUCUGAGGGAGAAGGACGGCCUGUCCCAGCGCAUGGCCGACUGUCUGACGGUGGAUCCGAGCGCAAUGGCGCAGCAGUUCAUGGAGCAGCGCAGGUCGCUCCUGGAGCGGUGUCAGAAGGAGAUGAAGGAGCCGGAGGAGACCCUGAUGACGGCGCUAAAGGCGGAGUUGACUCGGGAGGCCGAGACCUUCCUUGGGACCUACCGAAGACGCUAUCAGAGUCACAACAUCAACCAGAGAGUCAUGGACAGAGCCCGCCAAGACCACGCUGACUUUCUGAGGGAGAAGGUGAGACAGGGUGAAACUGUGCUCCAGCCCGGGGAACCCCAGGGAAACAUCCCGGCCAGCCCCGUGGGUUGUGGGUUGUGGGGCAGGAGACAGGAGUUCAUAUCUCCAGCUCCCAGGGUGGCUGCAGAGAUGGGAGACUCCAACCCAUGCACGGGGGGGCUCUGA